UCAGUGCAGUGCAGACGUCCCUCAGAGUGCCGCUCCCACAGUGCCAGCCGAGACAGUGCCACCUGGAGGAUGACAGCUGGACGCCAGAGUGCCAUUGCUACCAGGAAGGCGCAUCUGAGGCUGUGCUAAGUGGAUGGUGCCAAACUGCCGCCUGGAUGGUAUUGUUCGCCUGCCCUGGUGUUCCUCGCGUCUUGUUCCCGCGUGCUGUGCCAUGCCCUUUGGCCGCGCUGUCAAGGGAUUGCUCGGCGAAGGCUUGCUCGAGACGCUGUCAAGGACUUAGUCGGUCGUUCCCCUCGGCUGGCGGCGAGUGACGAGAUGGGCAAGGCGGCCGUGGGAGUGAAAACGGCGUGGUGGUGGGUGGUGGGCGUGAUGCAGAGCCUCGUGGGCGCGCUCAUCGUCCUGGCCCUGACGCCCGUGGUGGCGCCCAUACUGCUGCUCCUGUGGCUGUGGCGGAACGUGGCGCUGCUGGUGGUGUGGGCGCAGUACGGGCGCGUGGCGCGGGUGGCGUCGGGCAUGGAGGCGCUCUUCGCCCUGGACUCGUCGGGCGCGCGGGCGGUGAUCAGCGGCGCGGCGGUGCUGCGCGGGCGGGUCAGCGUGGACGCCGUCAGGAAGAUCCUGGGCGAGAGGAUCAUGGACGCCCGCGACGCGCGCGGCCGCCUGCUGCACCCCAAGUUCCGGCAGCUGGUGGAGCGGCGCUGCGGCGUCGUGGUGUGGAUGUGGGAGGAGAACUUCGCCGUGGAGAGCCACGUGCACCAGCUGCGCUCGGGCCUCCAGCCGUGCCUCCUGCAGGACGAGGAGGACCUGGUGACCGCCAUGGGCAAGAGGGCGAACCGGCCGUUCGUGCGCGGGCAGGCCAGGUGGGAGGUCCUGGUGGCGCCCCUGAGGACCUGCGGCGCGGCGCGGGGCGGCGACGACUGGAGCCACACGGCCGUCAUCGUGAGGCUCCACCACGCCCUCGGCGACGGCCGCUCCAUGGUGGGGCUCAUCGUGACGGCGCUGGUGGACCCGCCCCUCGGCGACCCCCGCCCGUCGCCCGUCAUCCAGAAGCCCUUCGGCGGCCGCCUCGCGCGCUCCGCCCGCUUCCUGUGGUCGCUCACGCACCUGCCCUGGGUCGCGGUGCGGGUGCUGGUGCGCGGCGACAGCUCGGUGCUCCACGGGAGGAGGCUCCAGGGCGAGAAGUUCCUGGCCUGGUCGCCGCCCGUGCCCCUCGACGCCCUCAAGCGGGCGCGCGCCCUGGCCGGCGUCUCCGUCAACGACAUCCUGCUCACGGGCCUCGCGGCGGCGCUGCACAAGCAUUUUCGCAUGGAGGGUGACUCCGUGCCUUCUCAGGUCAUGACAGUCAUACCCGUUGACGUGACAGCCCCUGGCACGCCGCUCUCCCUUGCCAACCGCAUUUCCCUCUGCACUGUUCCCCUUCCAACGGGCGAAAUGUCUUCCCUGGAGCGGCUGGAGCAGAUCCAUCGGCGCAUCAACAUUCUGAAGAUGUCACCUGAUGUCAUGGCCAAUUACUUCGCCCUUGACCUCAUUUCCAACCUCCUGCCAGCUGCCCUCGCCCGCCGUGCCCUCAAUACCCACGGGGUGACUAUGGUAUCUUCCAACAUGCCAGGUCCCAAAGAAGCGAUUAAACUGUUCGGUCAGCCUGUGGACGACUUAAUGUUUUGGAUUCCUAACAAGAGUAGAACAGGCCUGGGCGUGUCCAUGCUGAGCUACUGCGGCCGCGUGCGCUGCGGCCUCAACGUGGACUCGGCGCUCAUCCACACCGCCGAGUUCGCCCAGGAGCUGAUGGACAACAUGGCGUCCGAGGUGGAACACGUCCUCGCCGAACUGGCGUCUCCUGCGGGCGGCGCGGGAGAUCACUGCCAAGUUCUGGUGGAGGAGAGCGACCACAGCGUCAUCACCGACCACGGCCUCAACUACAGCACCGACGAGUACUCCGACCGCUCCGGCGUGAAGACUUACUCCGACCUCCGAGACAGUUCGGACACAAGGCAGUUCCUCGACCUGGAGGAGACGGUGGUCGGCCUCGAGGAAACGGAGAGCGCCGAGAGCCACCACCUGCUCGAGGACUUCCAGAACGAGAGGCUGGAGAUUCAGACGAUCGUGAGGAGCGAGUCGAACUUGAGUCGCCACGUCGGGGAAAUGGAGGCGAGGUUCGCCCUCAGCGACACGAAUCUGAAGGGAGUCACGUACUCGCAGGAAAGGUGAAUUUCGUGUGCUUCAGAGGAACUUUAAUAAAAAAGAUAUACUAUCUUCGUGUUGCAAUCAUCAUGUCAAGAGUGGUUCAUGUUGCUAAAUACCCGUGGCCGUUCUCACAAACAUGAAGUGAAAGGUGUCCAGAAAAAAAAAUAAUAAUAAAUGUCCCCAGUCCUAAUUCUCUCUCUUUGAUCGCAAUUUCACCUCGCGAAGAGAAAUGUCUUGUCACUUCUGCCCGAACGCUUUCCGCUUGACCAAAACUCUUGGAACUGGAUAAUGUGUCAAUAGAUGUUCAUAAACCCUUAGAAGUAAUAUGCACAUUUUUGUUUGUUUUAAAGACGAAGGAAAACUUCAGUAAUUUAUUCAAAGACACUUCCGACAGCUAGAAGGAACUAGAGAUUCAUUUUGUAACAAUAACUAUAAUAAAUAUUUAACCCAGCGGCUCACCUUUUAUGUGAAAAUUACAUAUCGCUAAGUGAAUUGAAGACGGUCAAGGUGUGAUAAAUCUUAUGCACUCAAAUAGAAAUGUUUGCAACAGCUUUAAAAAAAACUGAAAAUGAAGAUUAUUACAUUUUUCCUUGAUUUUGUCUUGGUUUACCGUGUUUUAAUAAUGUGUAACAAUGAUCAGGGGCAGAGAAGAUAAUAAUGGAUGUACAAGCUAAACAAAAAAUAAAAUACUGGAGCUUCUGCUAAAACUAUUGUUGUUCUUUCAUCAACACACGAUGAAAGUAAUAACAAAUAAACAAAUUAAUUAAAA